AGACACUCAGGCUGGCCCUGGGGCCACAUGGCAGCUCUGGCUGUGGUCUCUCCCUGUGGGUGGGGGUUGCUGAACCUUCACUGUUGACACUGUUGGUCACUGUUGUCCACCAGCGUGAGGCAGAAACCGGUGCUCCUAAUUUACCAAAGCAACUUAAUUCUUAAAUGAAUUUCACAGUUCUUCCCAGACAGCAAUCUGGCUCUCGGCCCAUCUGUCCUCUUUUCUUCCCUCCCCUUCCUUUACUAGCAGAGUUUUGUAGAGUCUGCUUCUCCCCCUCUUUUAGUCCCUCCUCUCUGUACUCUGUGUGUUCUUGUUGCCCUUUAAGGGGUCACAAGCCACUUGUCCCCCGCCUGCUGCCCCGCAGGGCUCAGCACCCGGCCUGGCCCAGCCUCUGCCCCCUCCCUUGGUAUUUUUAGUGCGGGGAAGGCAGGUGAGAGCAGAGGGGCACAGGCAGGGGGAGAACCACUCUGGGAGGCCCUGGCCUGGGUUUGGCAGCCUGGAGCUGCAGCAGAGCUACUGCAGGCAGGGUUAACCCUUCGCUGCAGGGCUGGGGCCUGCUCUCCACAGCCUCAGCCAGGAAACCCGAGCUGUGCGAGCCCAGGGCCCCCGUGAGGGGGAGGCCAGGCCAUGCCCAGCUCCGGUGUGAGGCUGCAGCUUGUGGCAGUGGGGGAAAAAAAAAGUGAUUCUUACUGUGUGUGGCCUUUUCCUCCCCCGUGUUGUGUGGCGCUGGGAUGCUCGUGUCCCCCAAGGCUGUGGGGAGGAUGCUGCUGUGCUUGCUCUCCGAGAGACGGGAACAGGGGAAGCGUGGGCUCUGUGGCCACCAGCACCAUGCUGUGAUGGUAUUGGACUGUGUGCAGGCACUGCUGGAGAGGCUGAGGUUCCUCAGGUCCAGCAGCGUGGCACACGGGCUGCUCUGGGAACAGGGCUGGCUCUGCCAGGCAGAAGAUGGUGCCACAGGAGCAAGUCCUGCUGACACACUGCUGGGAGCAGGGGCCAGAGUCAGGCAGCCCCACGGUUUCUGGGUCUGGAGAAGGCAGAGCAGAGGGGGGAGGACUUCUCUGUUUCCAUCUCAGUAGAGCUGUGAAUUUCCCGCUAUAAAUAGUUGCUGUGGAGACUGUGAAUCUACUGCAGGCUGACAGGCCUGCUGCCAGGGAGGCAGGGAGAGGCCAGCAGUAAAGUGAAUCCACCGCAGCUGUCUGAGGUCUCCUGCUCUCCCAAAGCCAAGGUUGUUCCCAGAAGUGGUGCUGUGAUCUGAUACCCUGCCCCAUUCUUCACCACGUCUAUCCAGCGAUGCAGAAGUUCGGUGGGCUCAAGGCCAUCCCUCCUGGGGCAGUGCAGACUAAAAUCAGAGCAGGACCAGCUGGUAUCUCACUUUGGGGAGCUCCAGAGCCAGCCAGAUGAUAAAGGGAAUGGCGUGUCCUACCCAUGAGCUGCUGCAUGAAUGCUCCACCAGGGGAAGAAGCUGUUGAACUCCCAUCUCCACACGCUCCUUGGUGUCCCACUGCCUCCAUCCCCUUGUGCCAGGAUCUGCCGUGCUCCAGGGCCAUGGAGGAGCAGGUGCAGCAGGAGAUGCCACCAGCCCAGCACACGGGAGGCCACCACCCCAUGCAGGAGGGAGAGGUGUUCAACACCCGAUACCAGGUGCUGCACAAGCUGGGAUGUGGCACCUUUGCCACUGUCUGGCUGUGCCAGGACAUGAGGAGGAAGAAGCAGGUGGCUGUGAAGGUUCUGAAAAGCAGGGAAGGCUUUGCCGAGAGUGCCCAGGAUGAGGUUGCUUUCCUCCGCUGUGUAAGCUGCAUGAAGAAGAAGGACCUGACAGGAGAAAACAUCGUCUGUUUGUUAGAUGACUUCAGAAUGAUUGGAGAGAAUGGUUUCCAUGCUUGCCUGGUAUUUGAGGUGCUGGGUCCUUCCAUUCGAUGUCUGAUGGGAAACUACACAGCCCAGGGACUGCCCUUGCCUUUUGUGAAAAAGUCUUUACAGCAGGUGCUGGCAGGGCUGCACUUCCUGCACAAGUGCUGCCGCAUCAUCCACGCAGACAUCAAACCGGAGAACAUCCUGCUCUGGGGGCGCAGCAAAAGGCUCCAGAGGCUUCUCAUGGCUACACUCCACUGCGACCAGGGAACAGGAGUGAGGCUAAAGGGAGCAGGAGGUGACCUUGGCAAUCAGUUGGAAGAAUCUGAUUUAAUGAGCAUAGAGGUGAAAAUUGCAGAUCUAGGAAGCGCAUGCUGGACAUACAAGCCUUUUUCCAAGGAGAUACAGACCCAGCCGUACCGAGCCCUGGAAGUGCUUCUUGGAUUAGACUACGGCACUCCUGCAGAUAUCUGGAGUACAGCCUGCCUGGCAUUUGAAAUGGCAACUGGAGAGUGUCUAUUUGAUCCUCAACCUGGGAAACACUUCUCCAGAGAUGAUGAUCAUGUUGCUCGUAUUAUUGAACUCUUGGGAAGAAUUCCUCCUCAAAUUGUUUUAUCAUGGAACAAGUCAACAAAAUUUUUCAGCAGGCCAGGCGCGCUCCUGCGGCUCUCCCGGCUCUCUCCCCGUAGCCUCCCCGGCAUCCUGGCGGACCGGCACGGCUGGACACCGCAGGAGGCGGCCGCCUUCGCCGCCUUCCUGCUGCCCGCGCUGCACUACGCGCCCGAGCGCCGCGCCAGCGCCGCGCAGAGCCUGCGGCACGCCUGGAUCACCGCACCGUGACCCGAGCCGGCCGUCCCCGCCUCGCGGCACCGCGGGACCCGCCGCAGCGACCGCACCGCCUCCCGCGGGGCGGCGGGGCCGAGCCGGCUGUCACGGCGGGGGCGGCUGCCCGCCCGCAACCCCCCGCGCGCCGCCUCUGCCGAGCAACCCCGGAGCGGGGCGGCGGCUGCGCAGCCCCGGCGUGAUCCCGCGGCUCCCUCCGCGCCCCGGC